GGUGUGUACUGUGUGUGUGUGUUGUCGAUGUCGGUUCGUUAAGAUGAUAUCGUCGGGCACCGCUGGGGUAGCCGUUUCAGGUUCGAGCAUUCGUGGUGUGUGUGGUGAGAAAAACAUUGUUGUCUUCUCAUGUUUCUGCAUGGAUUUGCAGGGUUUGACUGAGGGUUAUAACAGUCAGGUUGUCUAGAUUUCUCGGAUAUUGUAGAAUCUAGGUGUUUUAAGGUUGGCUGGGGAUUAUAACAGCCAGGCUCUAGUUCUUUCUAGGAUAUUUAGGAGACUAGGUUUUUUGCAUGAUGGCUAGCGAGUUCUCGUUGGGAGAGUUUGUUAGGGAUCCGUCUGCGGAGCGAUUAAGCUCGUUGACUAAAGUUGAAUUGUUAGAUGUAGCAGCUCAUUAUGAGGUUGUUGGCAUUAAGCGGUACAUGCUGAAGUCGGACAUUUUGAACAAAAUUGUCGAAUUUCUGGUUGCUGAAGAGGUUUUGUCUUCAGAGGCGGCGGACGGUAUCAGUGUGACUCCUCCAGGGUCUAGGUCACGGUCUCCUGAAUUAAAUUCUCAGGCUAGGUCUUCAGUUUCUGAUGAAGUGAGGAUAAAGGAGUUAGAAUUAGAGAGGGCGAGAGUAGAGUUGGAGAGGGAGAAACUUGUUGCCGUAAACAGAAAAGAGAGCAGAAAUGCUGAUAGGCAUUUUGACGUAGCAAAGCAUGUCAGAAUGGUCCCUCCAUUCGAAGAGGAAGGGGUGGAAAAGUAUUUUCCACACUUUGAGAAAUUAGCUCAAAGCAUGGGGUGGCCUAGGGAAAUGUGGGCUCACCUGAUUCAGAGUAAGUUUAGCGGUAAGGCUAGGGAUGCCUACUUAGCAAUGUCGAUGGCCGACGUGUCAGAUUACGAUAAAGUAAAAUCGAGCGUGCUAAAAGCUUAUGAACUUGUACCCGAAGCGUACAGGCAGCGAUUUCGCAAAGCGCGAAAGGAGGAAUCGCAAACUCAUAUGGAGUUUUCAAAACAAAAAGAGCAAUUGUUUGACAGAUGGAGCUCGUCUCUCCAUGUAGAUCAUGAUUAUGAUAAACUGCGUGAAAUUCUUCUGCUUGAGGAAUUCAAGCGCAGCGUUCGACUGGAUGUUCGUAUACAUCUCGAGGAGCAGCGCGUCGAUUCGCUGGAUGAAGCAGCAAGAAUUGCUGAUGAUUAUGUGCUCACACACAAAAUCUCAAACAAAGUGAGCGUAGAACCUAAGAAAAAAGGAAACUGGAGCAAAAGCCAGAAAACUAGUUCAUCACAAGAUGAAAUAAAGCCGCAGUCCCAGCAAGGACAGGUAACAGGGGAAAGAAUGUGCUAUGCUUGCAAACAGUAUGGGCACAUAAAGUCAAAGUGUCCUUCACUUCAGGCUAAGAAACAGGAAUCUAGUGCACAUCCUAAUGCAUUCGUACAAACUACAUCAAACUCACAAAGUAGAAUUGUACCAGCGAACAUGGAAAAAAUUCAGAAAGAGUAUGAACCGUUUGUGUCUGUAGGAUAUGUAUCUGUAGCAGAGAGUGAUGUAGCAAGAAAAGUGAAAGUCUUGCGGGAUACUGGUGCUUCUCAGUCCUUGAUUUUGGAAAGUGCGUUGCCCUUUUGUGAUAGUUCUUCUGUUGGUGCUAGUGUUUUGCUCAAAGGCAUUGGAGACGGCUUUGUGGAAGCACCCCUUCAUGUGGUAGACUUGAAGUCAGACCUUGUUUCUGGUAUGGUGAAGAUGGCAGUUAGACCAUCACUUCCUGUGGAAGAGGUAUCUAUCAUAUUAGGUAAUGAUCUCGCUGGUGACAGAGUCGUAUCAUGUCCAGUAGUAAGUUCUAGUCCUUGUGAAAGUUCUGAGACAGAUGAGUUGGUUGCAGAAUUUCCUGUUGUGUUCCCAGCAUGUGCUGUAACUCGUUCAAUGGCAAAGAAAGUUGAGUCGGAGAAGAAGUCCAAUGACGUAGAUGUUGACUUGGGAGAUUCUUUCUUUUGUCGUUUGAUUGAAGAUGAGUCUGAUUCCAAUGUGGAUGAGAGUGCGAGAAAGGAUCGUAGUGUAGGAAAUAGUGAAACAUCUGAACCACUAUCUUUGAAAAAGAGUAAGUUGCUAAAGGAGCAACAGACAGAUCCUCAGUUGAUUUCUUUGAAUGAGAGAGCUGUUUCUGAGGAGGAGGCAUUGACUGUGCCUGUUUGUUAUUACAAGAAAGCAGGUGUGCUAAUGAGAAAGUGGAGGCCAGCAGAUGUCCCUGCAGAUGAGGUGUGGAAAGAAGUCCACCAAAUUGUAGUCCCUUCUACAUACAGGCAGGACAUAAUUAGCCUUGCUCAUGAAGCUCCACUUGCAGGUCACUUAGGGGUUCACAAAACCCAGGAGAAAAUUCUUUCUCAUUUCUUUUGGCCAGGUGUGCAAAAAGAUGUUGCAAAUUUUUGCAGAAGUUGCCAUGCAUGUCAAGUUGUAGGUAAACCGAAUCAGAAAAUACCGGCAGCACCAUUGAAGCCAAUACCGGCGUUCGAUGAGCCAUUUUCUAGGAUCAUAGUAGAUUGUGUAGGUCCUCUGCCAAAGACUAAGGCAGGUAAUGAAUACUUAUUGACGAUAAUGUGCGCUGCGACGAGAUAUACCGAAGCGAUACCACUGCGGCGCAUUACAGCGAAUAAUGUGACAAAGGCGUUAGUGAAAUUUUUCACUACUGUAGGGCUACCAAAAACUGUACAAUCUGAUCAAGGGUCAAAUUUCAUGUCUAGGGUGUUCAAUCAGGUGUUGAAGGAACUGGGCGUAAAACAUGUAGUUUCGAGUGCAUACCACCCAGAGUCCCAGGGAGCACUGGAGAGAUUCCACCAGACUUUGAAGAAUAUGUUGAAAACUUAUUGUAUGGAGUCAGAGAAACAAUGGGAUGAGGGAGUUCCCUUGUUAUUGUUUGCUGUGCGGGAUGCUGUACAAGAGUCGCUUGGUUUCAGUUCUUUUGAGUUGGUAUACGGUCACUCAGUACGUGGACCAUUGAAGUUGCUAAAAGAGAGACUGUUGUGUGAUGAUUCACAAACAAAUGUGUUGGAGUAUGUGAGUACUUUCCGUGAGAGAAUGCAUAAGGCGUGGGAGGUUGCCAGACAGAAUUUGUCAGAUUCUCAGGAGAAGAUGAAGUCAUGGUAUGACAGGAAAUCCAAAGAGAGGAAUUUCGAGGUAGGAGCUAGAUUUUCUGGGCCGUACACUAUUGCUAAGAGAGUUGGUGAUGUCGACUACGUUGUCAAUACUCCAGAUAGGCAGAAGAAGAGACGUGUGUGUCAUGUGAAUAUGCUUAAGCCAUAUAUCCGAAGAAAUGACGAGAGUAAAGCACAACCAGUGUUGAGUGCUGUUGAAUGUGACUCAAAGUGUGAAGUUGAGAAAGAAGUGUGCAAGAUUGAGAGAGAGAACCCAUGUGUGAAAUUGAAAAAUUCAGAGGUUCUAGCACACAUCGAUAACAAACUAACACACUUAUCUGUCAAGGAGAGGAGCGACGUGAAAGAGCUGUUGAGUGAAUAUCCACAGUUAUUUGCUGAUGUUCCCUCUCGAACUGAUGUUGUUGAACAUGAUGUUGAUGUGGGAGAUACAACCCCAAUCAAACAGGCACCAUAUCGUGCAAACCCGACAAAACUGAAAAAUCUCGAAAAGGAAAUCGAAUACAUGCUACAGAACGGCAUUGUCGAGCCAAGUAGUAGUGCAUGGUCUUCUCCUUGCAUCCUCGUUCCAAAACCGGAUAAAUCUAAUCGUUUCUGUACGGAUUACAGAAAAGUAAACGCGUGCACGAAGACAGAUUCUUUUCCGAUUCCGCGAAUAGAUGAUUGCAUAGACCGUAUAGGCAAAGCAAAGUAUGUGAGCAAAUUUGAUCUCUUAAAGGGAUACUGGCAAAUCCCGUUGACAAAAAGAGCACAAGAGAUCUCUGCGUUUUCUACUCCGCAAGGCCUUUUCCAAUACACAGUGAUGCCUUUUGGCAUGAAAAAUGCGCCUGCGACAUUCCAAAGACUUGUGAAUAAUCUUGUAGCGAAUAUGGCAGGUUGCGAAGCAUACAUAGAUGACAUAAUCGUGUAUAGUGAAGAGUGGGAUGAGCACGUACAGAGAAUCAGAGAGUUGUUUGAAAGGUUGUCCAUUGCUAAAAUGACAGUCAACUUGGCAAAGAGCGAGUUUGCAGGGGCAACUGUCCUUUUCCUUGGGCAUGUUGUUGGUUCGGGUCAAGUACGGCCAAUCUCGGCGAAGGUCGAUUCCAUCCUGGCUUUCCCGAUUCCAACCAACCGGAAGGAAUUGAUGCGGUUCCUGGGCAUGGCAGGCUAUUAUAGAAGAUUCUGCCAUAACUUCUCCGAUGUUGUAACUCCCCUAACCAAUCUGCUGCGCAAGCAGGUGACGUUUGUAUGGUCUGACGACUGCGAGAGUGCUUUCAACCAGGCGAAAGCCCUCUUAUCUACCAAUCCGGUACUGAUGGCUCCGGAUUUCAACCAGCCGUUCAGCAUGAUGGUGGACGCGAGUGAUGUGGGUGCUGGUGCAGUUCUUACUCAAGCAGACGCUGAAGGUAUCGACAGACCCAUAUCAUUCUUCUCAAAGAAAUUCAGUGCAAGUCAGAAGAACUAUUCUACUGUCGAAAAAGAAACAUUGGCUUUGAUACUUGCACUUGAACAUUUUGACGUGUAUGUCAGUGGAUCUCAACAUCCAGUCAGGGUACUAACUGAUCAUAACCCCCUGACAUUCCUCAACCGAAUGAAAAACAAGAACCAAAGACUGACGCGAUGGAGUUUGCUGCUCCAAGAAUACAACUUGGACAUUCUACAUGUGCCAGGAAAGGACAAUGUUAUUGCGGACGCUUUAUCUCGUGUGUGAUAUUUGGACAGAAGUGAGCAACUAAUUGAUAUAUUCACAUGGAAAAGUAAACAACCCUUGUGUGAACCAUAUUUGUUGAACAGUUGAACACUUACAGUGAAGCAUCAUUCUUGAACAGUUGAACAUUGCUACAUUGGUGAAUUCAUUGGAA